AUGGACUAUGGACAUUCCAGCACCUCUGAUGCAAGCUCAAAAUCAUCAACUCCGUGUCCUGAUAUAAACGCAUCUCACGAAGUGGAUUCAGUGCAGGUAAAAGAUGGGGUACAAGUUUCAUGUGAUGGAGAAGUGGAAGCAAAUAGUCACGGCACCACAUCUCUUGUCUUGACAACCAAAGGCGAAAAGCCUCCAAAAAUCACAGAAAAUGCCAUUGAGAACUCUGUUGAAAUGAUACAUGAUACAAUAUCGCUCCGUCUCGGCGGAUCAAACGGCAGUUGCCAUGCCUCGUUACAAAAUAGCCUGAUCAACAAUCCACCCAAUCUGGCAAGAAUACGGCAAGUGAUGUUUGAGUGCAAAGAUCCAAUAGAGAUAAGCCUUAAAGAAUUUGACACAUACUGGCCAUUCAUUGAUAAUGUUUGGGUUAAACAAAGGUCUAAUUCCAGCAAAGAGGGUCAUUGUACUACUGACUAUUACAUGUGUCGUCUGCGACGCCCAACUCAUCGCACGUCAGAAACACGCCCUCUACCAGAGGGGAGGCGGCCUCGGAAGAAAAGAGUUCGGGAAGGCGGCAUUUGCAAUUUUCAAAUCAAAGUCGUUAGGUUUGAAGGUGCAUAUUCGACAGUGACCAUAUCAAAGACACCUGGGAGCAGCUACGCACACUCGCAUGACCUCGAUUACAUUGACAAAGUAAAACGAAACUCUGGACUUAUGGAGUUUGCUCGGAGAGAAGCUGUUAAAGGGUAUUUACCUUCGUCUAUAUAUACAAAAUUUCGGGAAGAGCCCGAGAAGCUUUUCGAAGCUGGGGGUAAAUUCUGCACCGUUACAGAUGUCCGCAAUAUUUCCGCCAAAUGGAGGAUACUAAACCCGGAGGUUAAGCUCAUGCCACAUGAUGGUUAUGAAUAUCAAAAGGGACACGGGAUCGUGAGGUCAAGCGGAGACAGCAAUGAAAAAAGCUUAGCAAAUUCGACGCCGGCAGAGGUGAAUAUAAAUCCACCAUUACCAACAGAUACAUUACCAUUUCCUCAAUUCUCCUUACAUUUCCUUGAUCCUUAUCUUCCUAAGCAAGAUGAAAGACGCCAGCUUCCACACGUCACGUUGUCUUAUGCAUCCUCUAUGGAUUCAAAAGUAUCGCUUCUUCCCGGAAUGCAAACGGUAUUAUCAGGACCUGAAGCCAAAUUAAUGACCCAUUAUUUGAGGUCACGUCAUGACGCAAUACUAAUUGGAGUUGGAACUGUUCUCGCCGAUAACCCGGGGUUAAAUUGUAGACUGGAGGGUGCUGGUGGAUUUGGCGGACUUGGACGAAUGUGGCAGCCACGACCAGUGGUGAUAGACCCCACCGGGCGAUGGCCCAUCCAUUCUGACUGCAGAAUGCUGCGGACAGCAAUGGAAGGCAAGGGCAAGGCGCCGUGGGUGGUCGUGUCUCCAGGUGCUCAAAUCCAUCCUCAAAGGUUGAUAAUGUUGAAAGGAUACGGGGGCGAUUUCCUUCGCAUUGUGGAAUACAACCAAAGGUGGCGCCUGCGAUGGGAAGGUAUCCUGCGCGCACUAGCAUCUGAAGGAAUCAAGAGUAUUAUGAUUGAGGGAGGCGGAAUGGUUCUGAGCGAGCUGCUGAAUCCUGAGUACACUGAGUUUAUUGACUCUAUCAUCGUGACUGUUGCUCCCACGUAUCUGGGCAGUGGAGGCGUGGGGGUGAGUCCAGAUUCCAAACGUGAUAAGCAAGGCAAACCAAACGCUGCUCUCAAUCCAAGGGAUGUGAAGUGGAUGCCAUUAGGACAAAACGUCAUCAUGUGUGGCAAGAUCCGAACUGUGCCUUCUGCUUCACCUGAGGGUCCUAAUGAUACUAACGCUGGUUAA